AUGGAAGACUACGUUGCCAACAUCGAUCCUCUUGCAAAUCCCUCAGCAUUGAAGAGGGCCUUAGCCUCCGUGCUCCAUGGCCCCGACUUCACCGGCUACCACACACUACCCCUCAACUUUGAACUUUCAUUGCACCCGGCUCGCAGAGCUGAAUAUGGGGGUCGUCGACCACGGAGAAGAAUCAGAGUCGGGACGCCAUUAACGUUCGACUGGGGCCGACAUGAGCCCCGUCCGGAAGUGAUUCGAAAGAUCUUGAAGUUCCCUUACGUCGAUCCGGUACAUGAGGAGGAACAAUUUGAGCUUGCCAGGGAGCUACGCAAACAUCUUGUUCACAUUGAGGCAGUACAAUUCGGCUGGGGAUGUCGCGAUGAUGUCUUCUCUGCCGAGUAUGAGAGGGAUUGUGAAGGCAAUGGUCGCUUGGGCUUUGAUGGCGAUAAUCGUCAUUUUCGUCUCAAGAUUCACGAGGAGGACCGGAACAUCAUCCUUGUCAGCUUGGGAUAUUAUUCCGAGUCCCAUCGCCCGGUUAUCUCCUUAUCUCUGAAUUAUGCACCGACAUACGAAGAAGAGGAACUAACCGGCGUAAUUUUCGACGACACUCUCGACAUGUUCGACUUCAGCAAAGCAAAGACUAGCUCUGGUCCAUCACGACGGCGACUGUCAACACUUGAUGACGACCAUGAGAUCUACGCCGAAUUCACAUAUCUCUCUGUGCGCCUCAUCUGCCAGAAUGAGGCGUCGGCGCGGGACUUCAGGUGGAUAUGCGAGCGUGCACAUGUACCGGUGCAUGUGGGGGCGCUCCCAAUGGUGCGACGAGAACUCUUUUCACAGGCUACGGUGGAUAUCUACGACAGUUGGCUUUCUACGUUGCCUUGGGAAGUAGCAUUUCAAGUCGACGCUCUGGCCAGAGCAAACAUUCUGGAUCUGCAAGAGAUUAUGCGCCUCCGUACACCUCUGCUCUACUUCGAGUGCUACCAUGCGAAGGUCACACCCUCCCGAUUACUCCUCGAAGGUCCAUUCCCCGAACGAUGCAAUCGUGUUGUGCGCAAGUACGCAGGCCACACUUCCAACUUCCUACGCGUCUCCUUCAUGGACGAGAAUCGCUUGCAGUAUCGUUUUGACCGAGAUGUCGAUGGAUACGAUUUCAUUCGAAAGCGUUUCGGGACGCUCCUCUUUGAAGGUCUCUGGAUCGCGGGCCGUCACUUCAAGUUUCUAGCCUAUUCUCAGUCUGCGCUCAAGAAUCAUUCAGUCUGGUUCGUCCGAGACUUCACAGCGCAUGAGAACGGCACGGAGGUCCACGUGACAGUGGAUUCCAUCAUCGCUGGGCUUGGUAUCUUUCGCAACGUACCUCAGGAUCUAGAGCUAAUGCGCUGCCCCGCCCGCUAUGGUGCUCGUGUUGCCCAGGCUUUUACCACCACGGAGGCGGCAGUCGAGGUAGAAGUCGAAGAAGUGUUCCCGGUAGAAGAUAUGAUGGACCCUAAUGGCUAUCGCUCUUUCACUGAUGGGAUUGGCUUAGUAUCCCAGGAACUUGCAGCAGAUAUUUGGGGGGCACUUCAAGAGAAAAGUGUCCGUCAUCGCCGUUAUGGGAGAUGUAUGCCCAGAGCAUUUCAAAUACGCUUCCAGGGUUUUAAAGGCAUGCUCAGCGUGGAUCACAACCUCUCUGGCAGAGCCGUCUGCUUGAGGCUGUCGAUGAAGAAGUUCGAAGCACCGGAGUCCAUGACGAUCGAGGUUGCCUCAGCCUUCAACAAGCCAGGACGACUCUACUUGAGUCGACCGCUGACAAUGCUUCUUGAAGGCCUCAAAGUUCGAGGCGGUUUUGGGAUUUUCAAGACCUUGCAGGACGCGGUUAUCAAGGACACGAAAGAAGCCACAAGAUCCUUCCGGCAAGCGGCAACGUUGUGGGAAGCGUACGGCCUCGGAACCGCCUUCAAGCUUUCGUCGAUCUUCUUGGACUUGGCGAAGUUCGGUAGCGAAGCGAUUGAAGACCCAUUUUUGCUGCAAUGCCUCAAAUUCGGGAUAUAUCACAUUCUGCGUGAUCUGAAGUAUCACGCCAGGAUCCCCGUUCCAAAGGGGUACUCACUGGUUGGCGUAGCCGACAUCCACGGAUAUCUCAAGGAGGGAGAGAUCUUCGCUUGCGUAGCUCAGAGCUGGUCAUCGACUAUCCACCCGGGUGACGUACAGGUGGCAACCGCUAUCGGUCGUCCGCCACCAGGAACUGUCUUUGAUGAAGAGCCGUUGACUAAUACAGUCGUUUUCUCUACCAGAGGCACUCGCCCUCUGGCAUCUUGCCUCUCCGGUGGUGAUCUGGACGGUGAUGUAUUCAUGCUUACCACACUAGAGGGCCUACUACCUACAGAGAUAUAUGAGCCGGCAGAGUAUGCGUCAGCACAACGAAAGACAGUUCCUCACACAAGCACACGGAGGGACGUUGCCGAUUUUAUUCUCGAAUAUUUCUACAGCGAUAAUAUUGGAAUGAUCGUCUCGUCAUGGCUAGUACAAGCAGACCAAAGCGACCAAGGCAUUUUCGAUGAGGCCUGUUUGACCCUUGCCGAGUUGCACAGCGACGCAGCCGAUUACCCUAAGACCGGUAAUCCGGUGUCCAUGAGGAAAGUUCCCAGAUACGCCUUGCCGACCAUGAAGCCAGACUGGAGUGCCCCGGAGAUCCAGGACAGGCUCGGUCUCUUCUACCAAAGCCAGCGGUCCAUUGGUCGUCUCUACCGCGAGGUCCAGCUUCCCGUCCCGCGCGCCCAGCCGCCGCCUGCAAAUGCAUUUGAUGUACAUUUGAACACCGCGGACACCAUUGCGAUAUUCCGUGUCAGCUUCAAGCCAAGGGAUGUCCUGGAGCGCGUCAUGUACAAUCGCACCUCGCAGUUCAUUUCUAUGCCGGACGUACUGAACCAUAGCGAUAUCGCCAUCACAGAGAUUUGCUCCAUUCUUCAGGACUACGCGCGGACCCUGCGCCAGAUAUGCGUCUCCUUCAACAUAUCUCAUAGGCGGGCGGCGCGGCUGAGCGAGGAGGAGGUUGUCGCUGGCACGAUCGUUGCCCAGUCCAGCCAGCCGCGUGUCCGGAAAGAGGCGGUGUCUCAGAUGCGCGAGCAGUCAUCUUUCCUUGUCAGCCGUAUCGCUGCCCGUAUUGUCGGCCCCAAAGAGGGAGAUGGCGGCAAGAACGAGGCACUAACUCGUGCAUGGCUGGCCUACAGGUUAAGCACCCUGCAACCACAUGCGUUUGGGUUUCGCAGCUUCGGUCUGGUUGCGAUGCACGAGGUAUUCGACGCCAUAAAAUGGAUUGUGGCCAUGGGGGAAAGGGAGAAGUUCUGUGCAGCGGUAUAG